AUGUUAAAUCUCUAGAGUGGUUUUGAUUUUGAAUAAGAUGUGGAAUUGAGAGCAGUUCAAAAUGAUGACUUUGAGUAGUAAUACUUGAGUCAUUGCUUGAGGGAUACUAAGAAGGAAUAUUCACUUGUAUUACCUUAGAUAGCCAGCAGAACAUUAAGUGCUAAGAGUUUAGAAGCUAAAUAUUUGCAUAGUCCUAAAUCACCAGAAUCAAAUUAAGACGAGAACUUUCUAGCUUCAAACAUCUAAACACCAAAAGUACCUGUUCUGAAUAAAAAAAAUGCUGAUAGAAGGAAGAGUUAAACAAAUGCCGAAUCGAGUUUUAUGUCUUUAUUUUUUAUUGGAAGGUUUGUUGAAAAACUUUCAUAGUAUAGAAAAUAAUUAGGUAGUCUUAAUGAUGUUCAUUUCAAUUUGAUUGGAGACAAAGCGUCUGAUUCGUAAAUACAUUUAUCUAUCAUAGACAAAAUAUUUUCAUAUAUUCUAAACGUAUGAAAUCAGCUGGGUUUAAUAUUAAGAAAAUGCAAACCUUAUUGAGGAAAGAUACAGAAAUAAAGGAUACUUCAACAUUAGAAUAGGUAAAAGAAGAUUUAAGAAAACUUCGAAAACCGAUUUUUAAUUGUCUCAAUUCAAUUAUAAAUAAAAUACCUAUCAUCUAACCUGAAUCCUUAUUUAAAAUGUAUUGGGAUUUUUUCACCUCCAUUUUUAGAAUUCUACUAUUAAUACUUGUACCGUUAGAAAUAGCAUUUAAACCAGAAAUUUUAUUCAACAACUUAAUUUUCAUAACAUAUGUAAUUUUGCUAAUAUUGCAACUUGAUUUUUUGAUUAGAAUAAAUACUUAAACAUAUAAGAAUGGUUAUGCAAUAAAGAAUAAAUGGGAUUUAGUAGUACAUUAGUUAAAGAAGGAAUUUCUUACAGAUUUCUCAACAUCAAUAAUUUUGAUAACUUUUAUUAUAAUUCCUGAUAUGAAUACAAAUGCGAAUUUAUUUUUACUGAUAAUUUUGGGAUAGCAUAAAUAUGUAUAAGAGACAUUUUCAAAAAGUGAUUAGAUUUCAUAUUUGACAAGGCCAUAAAGAGGAGUGUUUGGUUUAUUAAAGUUUAUUUUAACAUUGCUUUAUAUAUUACAUUUAUUUAGUUGUAUUUGGUUUUAUUUCAGCAGUAUUCGAGUGGAGGAUUCUUGGAUUCGUUUCAAUGAUAUUGAAGAUAAAGAUUGGGAAGAGUAAUAUUUAUAAGCAUUGUAUUUUGCAGUAGUAACAAUGUUAACAAUAGGAUAUGGUGAUAUGGUUCCUAAAAAUGCAAUAGAGAAAAUAGUAACAAUGGUUUUUGUAUUGGGAGCAUGUAUAGAGAUUAAAUUAAUGUAGGUUUAUGGGUAUCUUAUAGUGUAAAUUUUAUUGGGAGUAUAAUAGAGGAUAUAACAUAGAAUUAAGUAGAGAGGAAUCGAAGAAUGAGAGUAAUAAAUAAAUAUAUGGAUCAGAGAAAGAUUCCUUAUAGUUUGUAGCAUCAGUAUUAUAUGAUAUUUAUUAUAGAGUAAAGGAGUAUUUGACAUUCAGAUGGAAGGAGGAUGAUGAAGUAGAUUUGGAAAUGGAGUAAACAUUGUUGGAAUAGUUGUCAGAUGAAUUGAAAGAAGAAUUAGAUAAAUAAGCACAUAAAGUUUUUAUUUAGAAAUCAAAUUUUCUAUAGAAAUAUUUUAGUGAAGAAUUUCGUAAUGCAUUAUUCAAAUCUAUAAAAAGAAAGAUUAUACCUCCAUAAAAUACAUUUUCAACAGAGUUCUCAAAUGAAUAACACUUAUGUUUUGUUGAACAAGGGUUUAUUGUAUAUUAACAUCCAGAGAGAAAAUAAAGAUCUAAAAUGAAUGCUGUAAUUAAUUAAGGUUAAUUCUUCUGUGUUUUAGAUUUCAUUACUAAUAAUCGUUAAGUUGAUCAUUUUAAAGCUAUGGGUUAUGUUAGUUUAUUAAUAUUAUCUAAAUCAGAUUUUAUGGAAACAUUAAAAGAUUAUCCUGAAGAUUUUUAAAAGUAUUGUUAAUUAAAAGAAAGUAUAACACUUAAUUAUCAUCCGCCUGUUUUAGAAAAUGGUGUAUUUUGUCCAGCUUGUUUAAAUUUUAAACAUUCUCUCAAUUAUUGUCCAUAAGUUUAAUAUAUUCCUAAUAGAGAGGCUGUUAUUAAAAGAUAUUGUAUGUCUAAUUUUUAGAAUUCAACUCCUUUUAAGAGAAGAAGAACAGAAAAAAGAAAAAUGUAAGAUGAAAAAGAAAAAGAAAAUGAAAUUGAUUGGAGUCAUCAUAGAUUAAUAAGAGAUUUAAUUCAUGAAUGUGCUACAUACUAUUAGAAUUAAAAUUAAUAAGUUAUUAUUAAUUAAAGUAAAAUUCUAUUAAAUUUUGAAUGUGGAUCAGAAUCUAAUACUUCAGUUGAAGAUGCUAGUUCUCCAGCAUUCAAACUUCCUUAAACUGCUCCUAUCUUUUAGGCUUAACAUAUAAGAUCUUCUAGAGUUAAUAGAUUAGUUUUGGAUUAAAACAAUAAGACUGAAUAAUAUUAAUAAUAAUCUUAAAGUAAAAAUGAAUAAAUAAGAUAAGAAUAAUCAUAAAUUAAAAAUGAAUCCAAAAUUAAUAUCAAUGAAUUAAGAUAAAAUCUUAAUAAUGCAUUAUAAAAUAGAAAAUAAUCAAUUUUAUCUGGUGCUCUUUCUUUAGGAAUGUCUCCUAAAAAUCGUAAAGAUCGUCCUAUACCAUUAGUAGAUGAAAUAAAAGAAAAUAGUAGUGGAUUUUAAAAUGAAUCAAGCAAUGAUAAUGAUAGUGAUGAUGAUUAAAAAAAUACAUCUAUUAAUUAUAAGAAAAAAAGAGAUGAUUUAGUAUUAGCUAUCUAAGAUUUCAAUGAUAAUAUGAUCGAUAAUAUAACUAAUCUUUAUCAUUAAUUGCAAAGGAAUUUAGAAAUUAAUGAAAAUGAUACAAUAAGCAAAAAAGCUUUAUUAUAGUUAGAACCUAUCUAUUGGUCAUUUUAUUAAAAGAAAUUUGAUGACUUUGAAACCAAGGCAUCCUUCGAUUAAUAUUAUAAUAAAUAAAAUGCUGAAGAUGUGAUAAUUUUAGUUAAAUAAGACAUAUUUGGUUGGCAAACUACAAUUCUUCAAAAAAUGAGAAAAUUUAUGCUCUAUCCAUUUCUCUAUGUUUAAAAUUUUCUAAGAUUGAGAAGAAAUGAUAAAUUAAAAUCAAUAACUCCUUUAAAAAUAGUUGCUCAAGUGAAGAGCAAAUUAGAUCAUCUAAGAAAGAAAACAUUAUUAAGAAAGAAAACCACUGUAUUUCGUUCAAAUGUUAAAUUAAGCUCUGUUGUUCCAGAUUGUGUCAAUCCAUUUUAAUAAUAUAAGAAAUGA